GUCACUUAAAAAUGCACUCGAGAACCUACGUAAAUUAUGGAGAUCAAGACUGAGAACAUGAUAUGUCACACUGCUUUGAAACAUUACUGACGAUUGGCGUCAUUCAAAUUGGAUUUGGACUUCAAGAACAAGCUAAUACCCAACUUCUAAACAAAAGUCGUCUCUUAUCUUGAAACAGCGGCUGAUUUCAUCAUGCAGGCACAAAUAAGAAGGAGCCUGAGUUCAUUAUGCUUUUUCAAGCCGUGAACGCAACCGUGCACAAAAUGUUUGGCUUCGGGCCACAGAUUGCGAAACUUCUUCGCCAUGAAGAAACCAACGGAAUCUCAACCCCAACCACCACCAUUGACAUCCCCCUAGAGAUUGAGGAGACAGCUCAAGACAUUUCCUUACUAGAAGUUGACACGACCUCGGACGAUGGCCAGAUUUUUGAUCUACUCGACCGGGCCGAUGGAACCCGAGAUGGAAGGAUUGACACUCGAAGUCUUCUGAAAUGGGUGACGGCCAUGGACCUGAAGAAGGCCAUCGAUAUGGAAGCCAAUUUGAAUAUCACACCCACUCGAUUGGAACGUCUAGUGUCGAGAGCAGAUGCGAACAAAGAUGGAUUUGUCGACAAAGAAGAGUUCUCUCAGAUGCUCCGGGAUCAUGCCCAAGAGCUCGAUAAAGCCCAGCGGAGUCUCUUUAGGCAAUAUCUCAAAGUGAUAGCCUACGGCGAGGAGAUCACAUUAUGUCCCCCUCCCAUUUUCAUCCUGUCAGUGGCGAUCCUCGAGGUGAUCGUUUUUAUUUCACACAUGGUGCAAUUCCACAAACACCAUCCUGAGCUGCCAGUGGCAUGGAAUGAGAUCGCACCCCUGUGUUCCAAACUGAUUUUGAAUCCAAACCAACGCGCUCAGGUUUGGCGUUUCUUGACUUACAGUCUGGUCCAUUCCGGAUUCCAGCAUUUCGCUCUCAACGUCGUCAUGCAGAUUCUUGUCGGUCUUCCCCUGGAGAUGACCCACGGUCCCUACCGUGUGGGUACUGUGUAUUUAGUGGGAGUGUUGGCUGGAUCACUUGGGUCGUCAAUCUUUGAACCGCAUGCGUUUUUAGCGGGAGCAUCCGGCGGAGUAUACGCUCUCAUUGGUGCCCAUUUAGCGACACUCAUUCUCAAUUGGCGGGAAGAUAUCAUGAUCAUCAACAAACGCGUUCGCCGGGGAAAGGCGACCAGUGCCAAGCACGGACACAUGAUCCGAACGCUCAGAUUGAUUUUAGUACUCGCUUACGCCGUGGUGGACCCCGUCAUAGCAAUCAUCAAACACAACGGUAAAACCUCGUACGUGGCCCAUUUGUCUGGAGCUCUCAUCGGAGUUUUGAUCGGAAUCGUCGUGUUGAAGAAUCGAAAAGUGGAGCAUUGGGAACAAAAACUAAAAACAGUGUGUUUGGCAUUGGUAAUGGUGAUCAUGGUGCCGGUUUUGUCAUGGAACAUUUUUGCUGACUUCAUUGUUAGGUUGGUUCACGGCAAUAAUGCCACAUACUUUGGCGUGGAACCAGGCCACGAGUUUCUACGCUCUUGCCAUAAUUAUAUUUAACCAAAUUAGAAAAAUAGAUCUCGGCCAGUAA